AUGGAUAAAGAUGAAUUUUUACCAAAGUUAACCCAAAACUUUCUAGAAAUUUUAGAUGACGAUGAAUAUUAUGAUAUUACUAUUGAAAUUGAAAUCAUCACAAAAUGGAUUGAAAAAUUAGAAAUUACAGACGAGAUUACUGCUUCAUAUGAAUUCAAAUUAUUAUCUCGUUUUCAAGAUGGUGAUACAAUAAGAUAUUUACGUGAAUUUCCGACUAUAACGGUUAUUAAAGUGAAAGGAACUAAUGAAAUUCUUGGAGGGUAUAAUAACCCAAACGCAAAAGGUACGAUCGCAACAAUCGUAGGCAAUGCAUUCUUUCAAUCUAGAAAAACAAAAGAUAGUUUUGUAUUCUCAUUUAAGGAUAAUGAUAUUAAUAAUCAUAUUUUAAGCCGUAUAAAGAAUGAAGAAUUUUCUAUAUGUAAUUGCCUUAGAUUUGGUUACUCAGAUCUUAAAAUAUUAAGCUCUUUUUAUGGUAGAUGUGAAAUGUCUGAUUAUGAAAAACCGAUCAGGGACACUGUAGAUGGAUUUGAAAUAGAAAUUUGUGAAAUAUUUUUAAUCACAAAAAUUAAUGCGGAAGAAUAA